UUUUACACUGAAAAUCAUCAAUUUCAGCCAAGCCUCAACGAUGUUUUCUCUCAAAAGCAUCCCUUCAACGGCGUCCGUCCUCUCAACAUACACCACCUUCACCGCCUUAGCUAUGCUGGUUCGCAGUGUGGUUAGUGAAGUUCAGACCAUAAGCAGCCAGCUCAUUCCAGAACAACUGCAAACCAUAUUACUAUCGAAAUUUGUAGGCUUUUGGGGGACUCCUCCUUCCCAAGUGACUCUUCUCAUUGAUGAAUACGAUGGCUACACGAUCAAUCAGCUCUAUGAAGCUUCUGAAAUCUACUUGGCUACAAAAAUUACUGCAUCUGUCGACAAGCUUAAGGUUUCCUUAGCUCCACGAGACAAGACCUUGUCAGUAACGAUCGACAAGGAUGAAAAUAUUAUUGACAUCUUUGAAGAUAUUCAACUCAAGUGGCGAACGACUUGUAUAGAAAUGAAGGAGGCAUCCCAACAAGGAAAAUAUGAAAAGAGAGUAAUUGAGCUCAGUUUUCAUAAGAAGCGCCUGGAAAAGGUAGUAAAAUCUUACCUGCCAUAUGUACUGGAGAGAUCAAAGGCCACCAAAGAAGAAAAAAAGGUGGUGAAACUUUAUUCACUUGGAAACUAUUAUGCAGAAUACCAGGGAGAAUGGGCAUCAACCAAUCUUGACCAUCCAGCCACUUUUGAAACAUUGGCAAUGGAUGCAACACUCAAAAAGGAGUUGGUGGAUGACUUGGACAGAUUUUUGAGGAGAAAAGAUUUCUACAGAAGAGUUGGAAAAGCAUGGAAACGUGGGUAUCUGUUGUAUGGUCCUCCAGGAACAGGUAAGUCAAGCUUGAUUGCCGCCAUGGCCAACUACUUAAAGUUUAGUAUCUAUGAUUUGGAACUCGCAAGCAUCUACAGCAAUUCAGAUCUUCGAAGACUGCUAGUCUCGACCACAAACCGAUCAAUACUAGUUAUUGAGGACAUUGAUUGCAGCAUUGAGCUAAAGGACAGACAAGCUGGAGAUACCAAUCAGAGUGAGAGCCAGCUAACUCUAUCCGGAUUGCUCAACUUCAUUGAUGGCCUAUGGUCAAGCUGUGGCGAUGAGAGGAUAAUAGUCUUUACAACCAAUCAUAAGGACAAGCUAGACCCUGCUUUGCUAAGGCCAGGCCGCAUGGACAUGCACAUCCACAUGUCCUAUUGCACUCCUAGUGGAUUCAGGAUCCUUGCUUCAAACUAUCUGGGCAUCACUAGUCACAAAUUGUUCACCCAAAUUGAUGAACUGAUGAUGGAAGUGGAGGUAACUCCAGCAGAAGUUGCAGAAGAGCUCAUGAAAAGUGAGGAUGCUGAUAUUGCACUUGAAGGACUCAUCAAGUUCCUCCAGAACAAGAAGAGCGGAUCCUGCAAAUUUGAUCCUGCAAGGGGAAAUGAAGACAGCAAAUGUGAGACAAACACUGGGAGCAAGAGAAAGGGAAGAGGCAGAACUACUGGAAAUACUAAUAAAAAGGUUGUGAAGAGAAAGUAUCCGAAAAGGUUGAAAUUCGUAUAACGAGGAAGAGGCAGUACUGCCUUGGUUUGGCACUAGGACAACCUCAAUAGUAUACGUGGAUGAGCCAGAUAGGGAUAAUAAUAUAUAUGUAACACAUUAUCCAGUCGUACAAAGAUUUCCAUGGACAGGCAUGCCAUUGCCGCCCACUGUUUUCUCAAUACGUAGUUGACAUAAACAAGGGUGUAGCAUGAGAGCUUGAAAGCUUUUUCCUAUGUAAAAUUACAAAAACCAAGUCAAUUGCUAUUAGAAAAGUGAACUUAUUAUCA